UUCCGCUUUGCUCUACUUUUUCCGCUCCUAGUUUUUGAAUUCCAGGUCAGGUCACACUUUUUAAGAUCAGUUGGGCUGAUUUUUGCUUGAGUCGCACUGCUGCUAAUCAUAUUGAAUACUUAAAUAUGCUUUUUGUGUGGGGCCUCAGUGUGAGUUGAGCCCUAACCCACAUUACAUCAGUGUACAUUGAGAAUUAAAAUGAGACCAUUUGGAGUCAAAUACUUAAAGUAUAGAAACAAACACGAUGAGUGAAAGGUGAAGAGUCAGGUUUGAGAAACAUUUAGGCCUUCAAUCAGUUUUCUCUGAGCGUGGCUGAAACUGUGAACUCACCCUGAUUGAUUUUCACUUUUGAUAAGUGGAUAUGAAUAAUAGAACCUGGCUAACCCUUGAAUUGCAAUAGAGCUGAACCUGUGUUGUAGAGCCCAAACAACAACAGUUACCAUAAUACUGAAUACGUUAGGAUCAACUCUUCUCAUAUUGGCAUUGAGAUCCGUUCCCUCUGCAGUGAUAGUGAUUGCUUGGCCGGUUUGGAUUUGCGUAAUGAAGGACACUCGUGGUAACUCACUUGUUUUCAUAACUGUGCUAAAGAAAACGGCUCAGCUGCAUUGAACUCCACCCUUCUGGUUCUCCAGCAGGCCGAAACAAGUGCAUGGAUUUAAUUAUGUGUGACUCCCGUGUGACCAGGAACAGGCUUGCAAAUGCGAAUCCUAACGGAGAACCCCAUCAACACGCAGCGCAGUGUUGUGACUGGCCCGCUCGCUAACCCCAGUCCAGCAUUACCAUGUUUGAAGCCCAGUGAUGCUAGCAGCCCAAUCCGGAGGAAUGCUGUGUGUCUCUGGGGACGAUCUGUUUACAGGAGGGGGGGGCACUCAACAUCCAUGUGGCUUUUUAAACAACCGUGACGUCACUGGAUACAUUGCAGUCCCUUCAAAUCCAUCUAUGUCUGUCUGUAUACGUGUGGAGCUUGUUUCCAAGAGGUACAAUGGCUCUCUGCCUAACGGGGAUCGAGGCCGACGUAAGAGCCGCUUUGCACUUUGUAAGAGACCGAAGGCAAACGGGGUCAAACCCAGCACAGUUCACAUCGCCUGCUCUCCACAGGCAGCCAAGGCCAUAAGCAACAAAGACCAGCACAGCAUCUCUUACACUCUCUCUCGAGCCCAGACGGUGGUGGUGGAGUACACACACGACAGCAAUAUAGACAUGUACCAGAUUGGUCGAUCCACAGAGAGUCCGAUAGACUUCGUAGUGACGGACACGGUGGCUGGCAGUCAGAGUAACGCAGACACGCAGUCGGUCCAGAGCACCAUCUCCCGCUUCGCCUGCCGCAUCAUGUGCCAGCGCACGCCGCCUUACACCGCACGCAUCUACGCCGCCGGCUUCGACUCCUCCAAGAACAUUUUCCUCGGGGAGAAGGCUGCUAAAUGGAAGACGUCUGAUGGUCAGAUGGACGGCCUCACGACAAACGGCGUGCUGGUGAUGCACCCUCGAAACGGCUUCACCCAGGACUCCAAACCCGGCGUCUGGAGGGAGAUCUCGGUCUGCGGCAACGUCUUCACCCUGAGGGAAACUCGCUCGGCACAGCAGCGGGGGAAAAUGGUGGAGACGGAGAGUCAGGAGCUGGUGGACGGCUCUCUCAUCGACCUCUGCGGCGCCACCUUGCUGUGGCGCACGGCCGAGGGCCUGUCACGCACCCCCACCCUCAAACACCUGGAGGCGCUGCGGCAGGAAAUCAACGCGGCCCGCCCGCAGUGUCCCGUGGGCUUCAACACACUCGCCUUCCCCUCUAUGCGGCGCAAGGACACUCCGGACGAGAAGCAGCCCUGGGUGUACCUGCAGUGCGGCCACGUGCACGGAUUCCACAACUGGGGGAACCACCGCGAGGAGAGGGAGGGCCGGCAGAGGGAGUGCCCCAUGUGCCGCGCCAAAGGGCCCUACGUGCCGCUGUGGCUGGGCUGCGAGGCGGGCUUCUACGUGGAUGCCGCCCCGCCCACUCACGCCUUUAACCCCUGCGGCCAUGUCUGCUCGGAUAAGACAGCGGCCUUCUGGAGCCAGAUCCCGCUGCCACACGGCACACACACCUUCCACGCCGCCUGUCCGUUUUGCGCCCAGCAGCUGAGCGGGGACCAUGGCUUCGUCAGACUCAUCUUCCAGGGGCCCCUCGACUAGCUCCCCAGCAUCCUUUGGGUGAGGCGGAGAGGGGAGUUUUCUGUUAAAGACCCUGCAAAGAAAACGGGGAGCUACACAGAUUUCUUUGGUUUCCCUCUACGAUAUAAACUGUUUUCUGGACCUUUUGUCUCUUUCUCAUUUUUAAGUGACCUUUGUAUUGCUUUUACAUGAAUGACAACAAAGAUUUCUAUAUUUUCAUGUGAAACCAGAGACACAAAAACCAAACAGAGAACACUGCUGGGUAAACGUUUUGUUUGUUUCUCGGAAAGAACUUUCAACAACAGUAUUUUUCUAAAUUACUAACACACCGUAGUGCAAGCUCACGGUUUUUAUUCACGUUUAUUGUUGCAAUAUGCAUCUGUGUACAUCUCUUAAAGCUAAUUUAAACAAAGAAGUUUAUUUAUGGCCCAGGAACCAUCGCUUCAUCCUUGUAUCUGUCAGAUAUGCCUAACUUCAGUACUAUUUAGCAUUUUAAUUUUAAAUACAGUUUAUUGUUAGUCAGAUAUAAAGUCUAGAUGUGUUCUGAGGGUCUGGUUCUGUCUCUCCUCAGAUCUGUUUGUCGUAUUUAUACACCCCGUCCUCUGGCGUGCUCUCACCUGUUUACCCCUCAGCUCAACUUCUCGCCUUUUCACACUCAAAGCAAUAGAUCUGGAAACCUCCCAAAGCAUUAUGGGAAACUGAGUCUUCUUGGUGUCUGGGUAACUCUCAGGCAGCCUCAAUGGAGCGCUCCCGCCCUUUAAAGUCCGACUGACACUUUUAUAUGUGCGUGAAUGAAUCUUUUCUGAUCAGAGAAUAGCCAUGAUACCGCAGUUAUGUAGCGAACACACACACACACACACACACACACACACACACACACACACACACACACACACACACACACACACACACACACUUACCAGACCUAGUCAAACACUCUUUAUCGUAGUAAAAGUGGAAAGGAACUUGCACACAGCCAUUAUUUGUACAGAAAUGACAGAACAGAUGUUAUCAAAUAUAACAACAUGUGCUGUUUGUUCCUAGCUCUGCUUGUCUGAUGUUUGGGGCUCAUCUGCACAAUUACAGACAUAAUAAUGAACCAUUGUUUUGCCAGUUUACAGUAUUCUGACCAGUAUUACGCUUAGCCUCAAGCUGAGAAAUAGAAAGCAUCAUUUAUGAUUUUAUGACAUUUAGCACCUUAACAUUCUGAUUGUUUGAAACUAGAACUAUUUAAGUGAGAUACAACUGAUGCAGUUAGAGGCUAAUAAUGAUGUGUCUUAGUAUGAAAGCCUCACAUUUACUGCAUGAAUUUAAGUCAUCAUUUGAUAGAUUUGAGGUUACUCAAUGAGCUCCUCUCUCUCCUGAAUCGUAUCAGUGCAGGGGGUCCCCUCCAUCUGAAAUGUCAGCUGUUUGACUCAGGUUUGAUGCAAACACACACUGCAUGGCUUCAAGCUACACCAUACACUCUAUACAGAUGUGUGUGUACCAUCAGGGCUUCACAUUAAUGUGUGCUUUCCAAACAGUGUGUUGAAGUUCUCCAGCUCUACAACAUCAGUACAAAAUAUCAGGACUGCCUGUUCCGUAUUUAUUUAUUCUAUGGACUGUGAAGAGAACUGUUCCCCGGCUGUAUUGUCUCAUGGUGGUCAACAGAUCAACUUCUGAUACAUGUGGUGAAUCUUGUUUAAACUAUGUAGACCACAAAUAAACGCCUGCAGUUCAAUGUAUUAUUAAUGAUGUGAGAAAGCCAAACCACAGGGAGAAACUCUUGGCUGUUGUCUGGUGAAUGUUCCAGAGUUAAUUCUACGUCAACAAAUCAUUUUCAUGUCAAAACCAUAACUUAAUAAAGGGCAGUGAAUCACAAGAGCUGUGAUUUUAUUAAACCUGGAUGAAACACAGACAGUUUGAGGUUGCCGCCUACAUCCUAAAGCCACCUGCUCAUGAUUUCAAAUGUAAGGUAUUUACAAACUAUAAAGACAGCUGUCACCAACAAACUCAGCUGAAGUUAAAGGACCUAAGUACCGAGCAUCUGUACUUUUACUAUAUUCCACUUCACUCAGAGAUAAGAUUUAUUUGCAUUUAUGCUUUAUACAUCGUAUAUAUUUGUGUAUAUAUACAAAAUAAGCUUUCAUUCAUUUAUAGAGUAAUAUAAUCUCAGUAUUAGCCUGACUUUUUAUGUUUGAACUUCUAAAUGUUUAGCUCUCAGACAACAAGAGUAAACAGACAAUGAAGUAAACACCAUUUUGUAUUCAUUUACAAAACGCUCUGCAUCCCACUGAUGCGUAAAAACCCUCCUGAUAAUUGCAGAUAACUACGUCAAUAUUAAAAUAACUAUAUCAAUAUUGUGAAGGUCAGUGGGGAACUCAUUUUGGGGGUAGGGACCUUCUUGAAUGUUUCAAUACACUUGUGAUGUAAUAUAACAUCUAAACUUUAAAACCUAAAUGAACCAGAAGUCCUUUAAGAGCUCAGAAAAUGUCAGAAGAUCAUGUGAUAAGCGAAAGUGUGACUGAGCUGCUAAACGGACCUGAGGUCAGACUGUUACUCCUCCUGCUGACACCGUGUACAGAUACAGGAAAUAAACACUUCUGUAAAGUAAGCCCGUAAACUACCUCCACGAUGAGACUAAAUAAUGUUUGCAGAGACAGUCCUGAUAGUUUGCACUUAUCGUGAAAGCACACACACACACACACACACACACACACACACACACACACACACACACACACACACGCUGCAUCCAGAACAAGACACACAGUUGUACUGUAGAAACUUCAGUCACUUCCAAACACCUGUCCGUAUGUGUAUGGGUGUGUGUGUGUGUGUGUGUGUGUGUGUGUGUGAGUGAGAGAGAGAGAGAUUGUAAUUUAUGUGUUCAUGAUUGUAUGUGUGCAGGUUUUUAUUUCUUAUUCCAACACAAUACACACACAGUAUCAUUUCCAUCACCUCAGGGAGAAAACAACGACCUGUGUCACAACUACACACACAUCUACACACACACACACACACACACACACACACACACACACACACACACACACACACACACACACAGCUGAGGUCUUUUGAGGAUACCUCAUGAGUAGAAGAAAAGUAGUGUAUUCUGGAUGAAAUUGUCGUGUCUCCUUCCCCCAGCUGUUUCUGAUGCAUUGUGUUUCUCUGUGUGGGUAAAGUGUGUGUGAGUAAGGGCUUCACUCUGUGUCUGUAAUCUUAACUCAGAUUUUUUACACCAACACACACAUCUGUCGCCUGCCCUCCUCCCUGCACUCCGCUCUUCUUCUUCUUCUUCUUCUUCUUCUUGUCUUGUCCACAGUCUCCUUGUGCUUGUCAAAGCGAAAGCAAAGAAUGUUUCCAGCAAACACUUUUUUGUAACAACUUUAAACAAUAAAGUGUAAACAAAAGUGA